AGCAAACGUUUGAUCUCACAGUUGAGGGGUCGGAUCAGUGAGUUAGAAGCAGACCUGGCUGAACAGCAGCACCUGAAGCAACAAGCAUUGGAUGAGAAUGAGUUUUUAAAGGCUGAACUCGAGGAGGUGAAGAAAAGACAAGAUGACACAGAGAAAGCCCAGAAGACCCUCACAGAGAUCGAACGGAAAGCUCAAGCCAAUGAACAAAGAUACACAAAAUUAAAGGAGAAGUACACUGAAUUGGUUCAGAAUCAUGCAGAUCUGCUGCGGAAGAAUGCAGAUGUAACAAAGCAAAUGACAUCCUUUCGUCAAACACAAGAGGACAUGGAACAGGUGAAGAAGGAGCUAGAGGAAACUGUGCAUCAGUUGAAGGAAGAUAUUCAGCAAAAAGAUCAGGAGCAGAGUUGUGUCCUAGAAGCUCUGCAGAAGGAACUGAAAUCGAGAAAUGAGGAGGUAGAGUCUCUGAAAACUUCACAUGCGGACUCUGAAAAGGUGAGCACAGGGAUGGCAUCAACAAUCGAAUCCCUGACGUCAGAGAAGAAGGCGCUGUCUGAGGCUGUGGAUCAGAAGGAGAACAUGUUAACUGCACUACAAGAUGAGCUGCAGCAGCUAAAGGAGGCUCUGUCAGCAGAGAGGGACAAUACCAGCCGAACAGUUGAGGGGCUGCAGAACCAGCUGAAUGAAAAAGAGAACCAUGAACAAUCUCUGGAGAAGCAGCUACUGGAUGAGCAGUUUGCUCUGCUGUGCUGUACUUUGGAGGAGGCAGAGGGAAUUGUACAGGAUGCACUCAGCAGGUUGGAUGAUCCCCUUCAUGUUGGCUGCACAAGUUCUGCAGAUUAUCUCAUCACGAGAAGUCAGGCUGCACUGGAUUCCCUCAACAGGCUACAGGGUGGACACGCACAGUAUCUGUCUGACAGAUCAG